AUGCCGUGGCAGCGACCAAUAUUCCCUACAGACUCCUUGAAAGAUCAUGCGAGAGUCCAUAUCAACAGGUGGUGCGACAAGCAAAACCCCUCCGUGCAGUCAGGCCAAUCUCGCAACUACGAAAAUACCGACGAGUUCAUGAAUUGGAGUUUGAGGUUUGAGAUCGCUGCUCUGUACACAACUAGAGCCUGGACUACCCUCACCGAGCAGACACUGCUAGACGCCGUGCCGAAUCUCAAGACAUGGAACGGUCGAGACAAACAUCUACUGUCACUCUGCGAUUUCGUCAACAGCGCGGUCAAGAAGGUGCACAUCGAUCACCUCGUUGGCAUAGCUCGUGAGAGGGAGGAGAAAGAAGAGCUGGAGCAGAUGACGGCCGAAGAAGAAGCUAUGGGACCAUUCGCCUUCCUGGAGCUUCCUUACGACAUCCGUGUCCGUGUCUACGACUUCCUUGUCGAUGAGAAAUACUCAGAGGGAAGCUACUAUGGUCGCGGCGACGAUAAAUUCAUCGAAGUCCCCUGGAGCGACCAUUAUCAUGCAGACGAAUUCCAUGAACGCGUGGUCUUUGACUUCAUUCAAGUCUGCCAUCAACUCCGUUUGGAGUUCUUGCCACGGUGGCACCGUGCUGUUGGGCUCCGGUUCAGCAUGGCGCCUUACCACGAGCCAAAAGAGACGGAGACGUGGCUCCAAGUAUUCGGACCGUCGCGCGUCCCACUGACCCGUUCCUUCGAAUUCGAAUUCGGCGAUGACAAAGUGUGCAUCGAGCUACGAGGGGCACAAUCCAGGACGGUCUCCGGCGACACGCGACAGUUGACCGACAUCGGAGUCGCCCUGAGGGACGAGCUCAAGGUCUCCUCUCCUGAAUUGUACAAAGGGAACUGGGAAGGCCGGAGGACGCGAGCGCUGCGCGAACCCGGCUUCGAAAUGCACCUGCAACGAUUCGCGGAGACAUUGGUAGAGAAAAGCGCCAAUGGAUCGGUGAAGGUUACUGUCGGAUGUAUCACUCAGGUCAUGGAGUAUCUCCAGCAGCGCACAGUGCCGCCGCAGGAGGAAGAUUCUGGUGAGGACGAUUGUGUCGUGAUGUGA